CUUUUUACUUAUGGCAAUAGUGAAUAAGUGAAUAAUAGUGAAAAAUAAACAGUGAAUCAGUUGGGAACAGGAAGCUUAUUGCACAAAGGAGCUGGGAAGCCUGUGAGUGGUAUGCUGAGAGCCUACAGCCGCCGAUUCUGAAAUCAAUGCCUGCUGUGCUCACAGGGUAAAUCCAGAAACACUGAACCUGCAGGGGUGCUGGCACCUGCCCAAAACAGUUCUUGCUCCCCAGGGGUGGUAACUCUGUGCUGGGUUCUCAUGCCUUUGUGCAAGGCUGGGAUCAAAAGUGCUGACACACGGCUGGGUUGGGAGGGGGCUUGGUCGGGGCUGGCAAGUUAACCAUGAGCUGGCGUAUCAUUAGGCAUGGGAGAGGAGAAAAAAGUGUGGUGUCAAUGACUGUGCUGCCUUUAUUGAGAAUCACAGAAAUCAGGAAAUGCAACCAAAACCUAUAGACCUCUUGCAGGGAGAGAUGAUGUGAAGCAUGAAUGGAGAUCACAGAGGAGAAAAGCAGGAAGAAAAAAAAAAAAAAGGCUGCUGGGAUGUCUGAGUCAUCCAGUUUCCCACUGACAUACAUAACUUAAUGUUUUCACAACCACCUCCGUGGAGCAACAAACUUAUAGCAUAACGUAAUUCCAGGGCCCCUGCAGUCACGGUGCUUCCUCAUGGUCAGCUGCGAAGGGCUAGCUACGAGUCAGGCAUCCCCCUACCAGGCUUUGGGGUUAAUGCAGCUGCUUCAUGUGCCAGGCUGGGGGAGUGGGCAGAGGAAGGGGUCUCCACCUUUAUCACAUCCUCCUAGAUGGAGGCCCUUGGACCAAACACCUAAAUCGCCGUACCUAACACCAGCAUUUAACCACCCGGCUGUGUGCUUGCAAAGACACUGAUUUUUUGGUGGGAUUUUGCAGUGCUCGGGCCGAGGUGGCUGAAACGAGCACAUAGACCACUGCAGCAGCACUGGGAGGACGUGUCCUGCCCAUCCUCUGCUGUGCUGCUCCAGAGUGCCAUGGCCUUGUGUGCUGCACAGCUGCUUGGUGCUUCUGCUUGGAGCAGAGUAGAAACCCAAAUAAUUACUUGGAAAGACAGAAUUUCCUACGUGCAUAUUAGUCUGUAAUGGAAGCCUCAAAACUCUUGACCUAGCAAAUGUAUUUGUAAAGUAAAGAAAAAAGAACACCCUUCUGCCAGCAAACAGGAGCUGUGUUGAUUCAUGUGCUACGGGUUGUGCUGAUAAAUGCAGGACUGACAUGAAAGGCAGCUGAGGGUGCAAUCUUAAUCCAGCCGGCUCUGCAAUCACCGCGUGAGCAGCUGGUGUUUGCUCUGUGCCAUGUGAAUCUCAGUGUAAGGUAGAUCCAGCAGUAGCUGUGUUGAUGUCUCUGAUUCUGUUGGACAUAGCGAAGAGUGCCUGAGGAGCACAUCUGGGUUUGCAUUCCUUCUUGGAUUUGUUCCUGGUGUACAUGCCAUUGGCCCAAGCAAGAUGACGACAGCCGCACCACUGAUCAAUAAUACUCAGUUCUCAUUAAAUGUGACCACAAAGUCUCAAGAACAAAGUCUUUAUCAAAGUUCUGGAGCAAUAGUUGCUGCCAUCGUAGUAGGAGUAAUUAUUAUAUUUACAGUGGUUCUGCUCAUAUUGAAAACGUAUAACAGGCGCAUGCGAGUGAAGCGUGAGCUGGAACCCAAGAGCACCAAAACAGCAAUGCCACCUGCUUUAGGGCAGAACAGCGACAGCGUUACUCAGCAUCCUGUGGUGACCUUCAUACCCGUGGACAUCCACAUGCAGAGCAGACAGUUGUGAACACGUGUCCUCCUGUGGGAGAAAAGAGCUGGAGUUCUUAUUCACAUGGACCUGGGACUUACAGCAAAGCAACACUGCACUGGGAACAGCAGUAGCUGUUAUCUUGUCUACAGAUUGUAAUUAGCCCUGCCUUCUCUCUUUGAGAGGAGAACUAAAUGAUCUGAACACUUUCUGUAUGAUGAAAAUCAACUGGUGAAGGCAUACAGACCAUGGGAAAUGCAAUGAGCCUUCUUACAGAGCUCUGGGUACAGAAAGACAAAAUGGGCCAAACCCAUUUGUUGGAAGAAAUGGUGAAGAUUCGUAUUUUGUGGAGCUCUUGCUUACUCAGAAUUUGAGCUUUUUCUAUUCUGCAAUGACUGAUGAUAAAUGGAAGAAAAACUUGGACAUGCGAGCUGCAACUCAGGUUGAACCUGGCUUUGUUAAGAUUUAUGUGAAACAGAUUUGUAGUUUAUUUUAUACAUGAUGGAUAGUAUGGGAAGUAGCAAACUGUAAGUAGCAAAAUUGUAUUUAUCUUUAGUUGUCUUUUGUGUUUCUAAUACCAGGUACGUAUGGUUUUAGACAGAAAAGUUAAUUUUUAUUUUCAAGUAUUUUUGAAACAUUUCUAUAAACUUGGUACCUUGUCUGUUUCCAAAUGAACUGGUCCAGAGGUUUUCAAUUCCAUGCCAAGGUUGCUGCUCUAGGUUCAUUACUGCUGUUGCAUUCGAGUAUUUAGUCUAAGAGCCUGAGAAGUUCUUUAAUUGAAAAAAGUAAACAGGGAAAGGCGCUUUAAAGCAAGUGAGGGUUUAUGCAACUACUUUACUACAACUUGAAAACAUCCUGAAAUGUUUGUCCCCUAAUGCAGGCCAGGCUUGAAAUAGUUUUAAUUUUUUCCGCUCUUGUGGAAAGCAUCUGAAAGUGAUGUUGAUCUGCAAGUGUGAUGGCUGUGGGUGUACAGUAAUGCACCAAAGAAAUUCCCAAGGAUAUUUCACAGCCCACUGAGUCUGAUCACACAGCGGCAUUGUCAAGGCGUUCUGUGGCUGAUUGUCUCAUAGUGUGCAUAUCAAAGCAUCCCUGAAGCACUGGCUGACAGGACAGAUAGUAGUAGGAAGAGGAGCGAAACCCCAUUUUAUUGGGAAACAGCUCCGCUCUUUGACAGAUACACCUUGAAUUGUAAGAAACCACUCACUCAAACGGCUAGAUAGUGUGAAGUAAAUACAGCAGUAACGGUCUGGAUAUACCGUAUGAAGUUUCUCUUACGUUUAGACAAUCCCAGGAGCUAGCUCUAAGCUACUGUGACCAUUAGAGGGCUCCAGCCUGCUUUCAGACCACAGUAAAACUUAGUAGGGUAUUGGAACUCCUUUUUGGGAGCUGCAGAGAGAGGUUACUCAUCAAAUCGAGUCACAGAGAACCUGCAGCCCACCGCAGCUUUUCUUUGUCUUGCAGCAGUUCCCGUGCUGUUCUUCUCAAUGCUGUCGCAAGUCCUGACUCCCUUGAACAGUUACUGUUCCUAAAUCAUGCAGCACCAAAACUAAGCUGACCAUUCUGAGAGCAAAGUGAUAAGGGACAGGAGUGACACACCGAUGUACUUUUCUCCGAGAUAUGAAAACAUCUCUGGAACAGGCUAUUUUUACCAACUGGUGGUUUUGUGCAGAAACUAAAUUCAAUUACUCUGCAAUUUCUUUAAUGAAACUCGAGCACAGUUUGAAUUCCAAACUAAAUACUAAGUCAGCUGUUUGUGAAGUUUCUAAAUCUUGUAAAUAUUCUACUUGCCCAAAUUCUGUAACUUACUCUGGUGGCAGGAAUAAUUGAUAUAAUAAUUCAUAAGAGGUUGCAGAAGCCAACUGAAUUUUUGUAGAGGAGCUGGCCUCCUGCUUCUAUUUCUGAACAUUUAACGCUGUUUUUUGAGCAUGUUCUGCUGUAUCCAAAUCCAGAUCUUUAGAAAAGAUUGUUGUGGUUUAACCCGGCCGGCAGCUAAACACCACACAGCCGUUCGCUUGCCCUCCUCCCUCCCUCUCUGGGAUGGGGGAGAGAAACGGGAAAGUGAAGCCUGUGGGUUGAGACAGAGACAGUUUAUUAACACAUAAUAAUAGUAAUAAUGAUAGUAUUAUCAUUAUAGAUACUGCUAAUAGUGCGUACACACAAGUGAUGCACAGUGCAGUUGCUCACCACCCGCUGGCCGAUGCCGAGCCUAACCCCGAGCAGCUGCCCCCUGACCUGGGCCAGCCCCCCUGUGUACUGUUCCGCAUGACCCCAGAUGGGUUGGAAUACCCCUUCGGGCAGUUGGGGUCAGCUGUCCUGGGCCUGUCCCCUCCCAGCUCCUACUGCACCCCCAGCCUGCCCGCUGGCAGGACAGAGCGAGAAGCUGAGACGUCCUUGGCUUGGUGUAAGCACUGCUCUACAACAACUAAUCCAUCAGUGUGGUAUCUACGUUAUUCUCAUCCUAAAUCCCACACACAGCACCAUACAAGCUACUAGGAGGAAAAUGACCCCUGCCCUAACUGAAACCAGGGCAAAGGAUAAGCCUCAUCUCGCUGUCCUCUGUUUGUUAUCGGGCAGCCCCGCUUCUAACGGACUGUUGGCUUUGCAUUGGCAGAAUUAAUUAAUUAAUUAGUUAAUUAAUCGUAACAGCGAGCUGCACCCUGCUGCCGUACAGCGCUCUGUGCGGGUGGGCGCUGCUGCGGGCGGAGCAGCCGCCCCCCCGGGGGGUCUGUCCUUAAACGGCUCCUUUGGGUGCCGCUGGGAGCCCCGCGGCAGCCGCGACGCCCCCAGGGGCCCGGGGCGCGGCCCUGUCCCGCCGGGGGCCUCCCGCCGCUGGGGGGCGCUGGGGAGCUCCGGGGGGCUCCGGGCGGCUCCGGGCCCUGCGCGCCCCCUCCCGGCCCCGUCGCUGCCUCGGGGCGGGGCCGGGCCCUGGGAGCCGCCCCCGCCCCGCCCCUCGCCAACAUCUCGCGAGAAGAGGGUUCGCAGUCCCCGCAGCUCCCCCACCCUCGCACAGCCGCCCCCGGAACGUCGCGCUUCCCGAUUGGCCGAUUCCGGCGCGCUCCCCUACCCUCUCCGCCCGCAUCCGCCAAUCGGCGGGCGUCGCACAGCCUUCACGGAGCGCGCGGCUCCGCCCCCUCGCCCCCUCCCGCUCGUGCCGCGCGCAGGCGCCCCGCGCUCUCCUCCCCCCCCCCCACCUCAGCGCCAGCAGCGUGCGAGGGGCUCGCGGCGCGCGGUGCACGCCGGGACGGCCUCGCGC